UAUCUUAGCAACCGUUAGUCAAUACCAUUAAAUUGCGCACACUGUCACGAAUUUUAGAAUAUUCUAUUUUUUUAUUUUUACCGCAAAUAUGGCGCCUAAAAAAGAUAAAGGGAAAGAAGAGGAUGGGAAACAUAAAGGAGGAGGAGGUACUUUUACAGAAGUUGAGAAAACUUUCUUAGAGCUUCAGGUAACAGAGUGUAAUCGAAAAAUAGCAAGACUUAGAAGCGCUGUUGAUGACUAUGAACAAAAAAAUGAAGAACUACAAAAAGCAUACGAUAAACUUGACGAAGACAGGGCAGAUAUUAUAGCAUAUUUGAAAAAAACUCUUAAUCUAAAGAAUGAGGAAAAUAGUGAGUUAAAAGAAAAAGUCAAGGGAUUAGAAGAGACUAGAGAAAUAGAAACUGCACAGUUUAAAGAAACAGUUGCAGAUUUGGAAAAGAACUUUACAAUAAUGAAAGACCAAUUGACUUCUGAAAACAAACUGCUUGCGGGUAAAUUAAAUACCUUAGAAGAAUUCAGAGCUAUAAGGGAUGAUCUUAUGAGAAAGUUUGAUAACCAAGAACAAGCAUUUAAAGACCAAGAAAUGAAAUAUAAAAGAAUUAUUUAUGAUGCUGAAAAGAAAUUUGUCAUAGGAAAGGACAAAUUGAAAAAAGAAAUGGAGGCGCGCUUAUUACAACUUGCUCAAGACUUCCAGGAUGCGACAGAGUUACGUAUAGCUGCAUCCACUCAUAGAGUGAUUCGAGAGAACAUUGCUAUCAAUAAUGAGUUGGAUAGUAUUUUAUCAACACAAGCUAAAUUAGCUGACCAAAAUGAGAAAUAUAAAGAGAGUGAAAGAGCUGCACGGGUCGCUUUAGAGUUAGCAGAGGAAGAAAGAGAUAAAGCUAUCAAUAAAAAUGUUAUUCAACUCAAAGUCAUUGACCAAUUGACAACAGCAUUCCAGGAUAUUAAAAAAGAAAAAGGAAUUUAUGACAAACGUAUCUUGGAUUUUGAAACUCUUCAAGUUAAAGUUCAAAAACUUGUAAAAGAAAAUGAAAAUUUGUCGCUACAAGUACGCAUAUUGGAACAAAACUUGCAUGUUCGUAUGAAUGAUCAAAAUAAGGCUUCUGUAGAAGCGUCAAAAGUUUUUAAAGAAUGUGCCAGACUAAAACGUAUACUUAAGGAAGCUGCAAUUGCCGUGCAGGCAGCACUAAAACUGGAUGAUUGGGCUACUAGUGAUCCUACUAAAGAAGUUAUGGAUAGACAUGUCUUACUUUCGCGUUUGCUUUCUAUUCUAGCCCAGUAUCGAGAAAUGCAACGAACAGAAUCUCUAGAAACUUUAGCCUCAUUCAGUAAAAUAUACGAGGAAGGAGACCUCGGUUUUAUACCAAAACCGCUCCAAAGAAAGUCUAUAAUUUCUGCUACUGUGUCUUUAACCUCUAAAGAAUCUUCCAAAUCAGAUCAAGGGACAUCAGAAAUUUCACUUGUCUCGUCAUCACUUGGAAGUGUUAAGACUAUUCCUAGUAUAAAACUCAUUCCACCUUCAACAGAACCCCCACCUCCAGAAAAAGAAAGUUUGCAAUCCUUUGUAACCUCGACUAAAUCUACUAUAAGCGGCAGUGAAGAAGAAUUAGAGGAAACACCUGAAAGUGAAAUGAAUAUAGAACAAAAAUUAGAAGCUAGUAAACUUGAGAUUCAAAAAUCAAUACUUAAAGAUCUACAAUAUUCACAAAUGAUAUCGCAAUCUCAGCUGGCAAGUGAUUUGAAACAUGGAUCUAAAUCAGUCAUAAUUGAAGAACCAGUUGAAGAGGCAGAAGAAGCAGACGGAGAAGAAAAGACAAAGAAAGAAGAAGAAGCAAUUGGAGAAGAGGAAGGAAAACACGAGGCGGGUGAAGAGACAGCAGAAAUAAAAUCAGAAAAGAGUGUUGUUGACGGAGAAGAGACUGCCGAAGAAAAAUGAUACAUUUAUUGAGUUUGAAACAUUUUGGUAACAUAUAUACGAACACUUAGAAUGUAUUUCUGAACCAUGUUAUUUUACAGUGUUAUAUAAUAAAUAUUUCUU